AUGCUUCCUUUCUCACUAACUCCUACCACUGCCUUGUAUUCGGUUAUUCCUAUCCCAUACUUCCUUAAUCUGCCUCCUACUAAAUCACUACUCCUACUACUACUACUUAUUGUGUUUCCUCCUACCACUACCUCAAAAUUAUUCUCUCGUUCGCUCCUUCUCUCUUUAAUUUUCUCCUCUCUCUUUUUUUCCUAUAACGGGAGCAGCAGAUUGAAUAUACGAAUAAGACGAGCGCCAGAAAUUCCAGUGGAGAAGAUUCCAUUCUGGAAUUUUAGAUUCCGCCAAACUCGAAUAUUCUCCUCAUUCUUUGCACAAAGCUUUGAAGUGGUGGAUGUAUCCAAAGCUUUCAAAAUAUGGAACAGUGAAAGGACCACAAAGAAAUCUGUUGUUGCUACCAACUUACAAGACUUGGUUUCAAAAGGCAAAUUAAAACUUGGUUUAACUGAUGAAGCAGAAAUCCGAUUAGUUUUGGAAACCGAUGGCACAGACGUUGAUGAUGAAGACUAUUUUUCUCUUCUGCCAAAUGAUACAGUUUUUGUAUUGCUUGAAUCUGAUGAGCAAUGGCAUUUUGCUACACCUGGUGAUUCAAUGAAAGAAAUAAAAGAAGUCAUGAAGUGUAAUGUUAAAGAAAACAAUCUGUCAGCUUCUCCAACGCCUGCAGCUCCAAUUGCACCACCCACUCCAGCCACCCCAGUUGCCCCAGCUACUCCAAUAGCUCCAGCUACUCCAACAACAGUUACUGUUAGUGGAGGCAACAAUUCCGUCAGGUGCAUAGCAUCUGAUUCCUUCCAGCUUCCAGAUGACAACUUUGCACCAAAAAGUGGUAGCAUUUAUGAAACAAUAACAGACCGCUAUCUCCUCCACCUCCUUUCCUAUUUUCGCUCCUGUUUCUCUUUUUUCUUUCUAAUCACCUCCUGUGAUAAUAUCUAUUUUCUUCACCAAUAUAAUUUCUCCCACCCCUUUCUUCCUUUUCCUGUAUCUCUCCUCAUUUUUAUGUCCUACUGA